UGCCAAGCAAAUUCCGAACGUUCGAUAAGUCGGGGUCGGCAACCCCCCCGAAAAUAGCUCUGGAGCUUGGAUAGGGAGGUUAUGCCAUCCCGUGUGUGGAUUACGUGCUAUUCGGAGACUUAUUGUGCUUCUACACGUGCACGAAUGGAAUCCCGUUCGGGUUCGAUCGAACAAGAUCGGGGAUUCGGAGUCCACACUACGCGUGAUGAAUUGGUAAUCGACGAUCCCCAGUCUCCACGGUGCCUCGGUGUGAAUGUUGGACACCCUCCCUCCCCCUUGGCCCUUGCCUCGCGCAUCCGUGGUGCUUCGUAGUAUAUAGAGCUUGAACAUAUCAACUCACAACCAAUCCAUCUGAAUAUACAUCAGCCAAGAUGAAGGAAGCUAUCGUAGCCGCUGGACCCCAAGUCCAGAUCAUCGACUCCCCCAUCCCCUCACCCAACGAUGACCAAGUCCUCAUCCGCGUCGUUGUCAGCGGCUGCAACCCCAAAGAUUGGAAGCUCCCAGGCAUGAUGCCUGACACCCCACCCCUCAACCAAGGCGACGACAUUGCCGGCAUCGUCGAAAAAGUCGGCUCGCGCGUAUGGGAAUUCAAACCCGGUGACCGUGUCGCCGCAUUCCACGAGAUGUUGACCCCCCACGGCAGCUGGGCCGAGUACGCCGUGGCAUGGCAACACACCACCUUCCACAUCCCCAAGGAAACAAGCUUUGAGGAGGCCGCCGCUCUGCCGCUUGCAGCCAUGACCGCCGCCCUCGGUCUCUUUUCCCGCUUGGGCUUGCCCGAGCCGUGGGUCAAGGCCGUUUCGGAUGAGGAGCGCCAAACCACCCCGCUAGUCAUCUACGGCGCUUCGUCGGCUGUCGGGUACUACGCCUUGCAGUUGGCCAAGAGGAGUAACAUCCACCCUUUGAUCUGCAUCGCCGGGCGCGCAGGUGGCGAGCGCAUUGCUCCGCUUUUGGACCAGGACAAGGGCGAUGUGCUGAUUGAUUACCGCGAGGGCGAGCAGGCGGUUGUUGAGGGCAUCAAAAAGGCUUUGAACGGCAGGCCGUUGCUGCAUGCUCUGGACGCGGUGUCAGAGAAGGGAACGCCGGAGCACCUGGCGCAGGUGCUUUCGCAGCCGGUGAAAAAGGGGGAUAAAGAAGUGAGGGCCAAGGCAACUUUCGUCUUGUUUGGUAAGAUGGGUGUGCCUGACUUUGUGGAUCAGAGCACUACUCUGGUUGGUAGCGUGCACCAGGAUGAGAAGGACUUUGGCUAUGUUUGGUAUCGCUAUAUGGCGAGGGGAUUGCAGGAGGGCUGGUUCAAGGCACAGAGGACAGAGGUGCUCCCGGGAGGAUUGGCGGGCGUGCAAGAGGGAUUGGAGAGGUUGAAGGAUGGAAAGGCGAGUGCGGUGAAGUAUGUUUAUCGGAUUCAGGAGACGGAAGGGGUUGAGAGGAGCGAGGAGUGACAAAGCAGAAGCUAUAGAGUUCUGUGUCAAGUCAGUUGUGCUUGUUGUUGUAUUGAAUGAUAGCCAGUCUCCUGCAAUGUGUAUAUGACGACUUAUACAACCUUUUCGAAUAUAUACAUAUAUAUAACUGACAGCUUGCGAGCACAUUCAAACAGAGUUGUAAGAUGGCUCGAGGACAAAUGAAGGCGAGUACAAAACCAGGGUACAUGGCCAACGCCUGCGAAAGCAAUGCCUGUACAAGCCACCUCUGCAUUCUUGACUGGUGCCAAGAAAGAAGCUCUUCGACAAGAGAGAAUUUCAUGAUCAUCCCCCCCUCUC